AUGAGGGAGGUGGCCAUCCCGGACAACAUGAAGAACCUUUUUCUCGAGACGGAUAGUGGGAAGACCAAUCCAAAGGAUCAUCUGCUUUAUUUCAACACGAAGAUGGUCAUAAGCUCUUCUUCCGACGCAGUGAAGGGCACGAUGUUCCCGUCGACGUUCAAGGGCACAAUAAUGGCUUGGUUCACGACUUUGCCUUGGGGAUCCAUCACAAAUUUUCGCGACUUCUCGUCGAAGUUCCUUGUUCAAUUCUCUACGAGUAAGAUUAAGCAGGUAACGAUCGACGAUCUGUAUAACGUCCGCCAAUCAGUGGGUGAAACUUUGAAACAAUACGUAAGGCGGUUCAGUGCAGCAUCUGUUAAGAUUGAGGAGUCGGAACCACAUGCUUGUGCGCGAGCUUUUAAGAAUGGACUGCAGCUGGGGAAGCUAAACAGUAAGUUGAGUCGUAAGCCCUCUCGGUCGAUGGCAGAAAUACGUGCUCGGGCUAACACCUACAUCUUGGAUGAGGAGGAUGACGCUUUCAAAAGGAAGUGCGCAAAGAUGGAAAAGUACGGCGAUCAGAGGGAUGUCUCCUCGGCGGGCAAACAAAGUCGGGAAAAAGGGGAAAGCAGUAAGCGGAAUGACAAGAGGGGCAAGUCAGUUGAAAAGUUUGCAAAGGAGCAACUCUACCCAAAGAAGGAAAGUUUCGAGCGUUGA